CUAAGUUUUUAUUGGUAGGUGUAACUUCACGUUUAGUUGAUUCUAUAUUUAUUUUUUUGUCUAUUUUUAAAUCAGUAGUUGAGUAAGGCCGUCGUAAAUUAGUUUUAAUUUGAAAAUCGAACCGUAAAAUGUCCAAAGUAACAGACAGACCGAACAGUUAUCAAACUUAUAAGUUGGUUAUUGUGGGUGGAGGAGGUGUCGGAAAGUCCGCAAUAACGUUACAAUUUAUACAGAGUUAUUUCGUGACGGACUACGACCCGACAAUCGAGGACUCCUACACCAAACAAUGUGUCAUCGACGACAUUUCCGCCAAACUAGACAUCUUGGACACCGCCGGCCAAGAGGAGUUCUCCGCCAUGCGGGAGCAAUACAUGCGCUCAGGUGAAGGCUUCCUCUUGGUCUUCUCCGUGACCGAACGCUCGAGCUUCGAGGAAAUCUACAAAUUCCACCGGCAGAUCCUUCGAGUCAAAGACCGCGACGAGUUCCCGAUGCUCAUGGUCGGCAAUAAGGUGGAUCUCGAGCACCAACGGGUCGUUUGGCAAGAGGAGGCCCAGCAGCUGGCCAGACAAUUAAAAAUUCCGUACAUUGAAUGCAGUGCCAAAAUGAGGAUGAACGUGGAUAAUGCCUUUUACGAACUGGUCCGCGUCGUGCGGAAAUUCCAGUUGUCGGAAAGGCCGCCUUUGAAACCCGGGUACAUCAAAAGAAACAAGAAAAAGUGCUGCAUGCUGUGAGCCUGCACAACGCUUAUUUUUGUGUACAUCACUUAAGGUUUUUAUUAUGAUAAUUACACGUAAUUAGGACAUA